AAGAACAAAAAUGAGGCGUACCAGGAAGACACAAGUUUUUUCCACAUCCUCAAUUUUAGUGGGGUUGCUUGUAAUUCCUUUGGUGGUUGUUUUGGUUAUCUUUCUCAUACAGCCAACUGCCUUCAGCUCUUCAUCAUCAUCGUCGCCGUCAUCAUCAUUGGAGACAACGGGGAAUGAAGCAGCUGGUAAUACUAGUAGUAGUAGUAGUAGUACUAGUUACUCUGUUGCUUUAUCUAGAGAAGAAACAUGGCAGCCUCAACCACCAGCACAAGCUCCACUUUUUACUUUCUCAAAUUAUCAAAGAGGAGCCCCAGCUCCUGCCCCUCAAAUAUUUGCAGUUGAUGAUGAUGAAGGAGCAAAUAAAACGGUAUUCAUGAGAAGCAGCAGCCAGCUUGAUAGAUUAGAAGCAAGCUUGGGUAGAGCAAGGUCUUCCAUAAGAGAAGCUGCCAAAGUUAGAAACAAGACAUCAACCCAUCAAGACCCUGAUUAUGUUCCUCGAGGCCCCAUAUAUCGGAACCCCAAUGCCUUCCAUAGGAGUUACCUAGAGAUGGAGAAAUUGUUCAAGAUUUAUGUGUACGAAGAAGGAGAGGUGCCAAUAUUUCAUGACGGUCCAUGCAGGAGCAUAUAUUCAUCAGAGGGAAGAUUUAUUCAUGAGAUGGAGAAGGGCAACAUGUAUCGUACCAGAGACCCCGAUAAGGCACUUGUCUAUUUUCUUCCCUUCAGUGUGGUUAGAAUGGUUCAGUACCUGUAUAUGCCCAACUCAAACGAUCGACAUGGCAUGAAGCUUGCUAUCAUCGACUAUGUCAAUCUCAUCGCUCAAAAGCAUCCCUUCUGGAACCGAAGCCUUGGUGCCGACCAUUUCAUGCUAUCUUGUCACGAUUGGGCGCCAUUUACAACAUCCUUUGUCCCCCUAUUAUUUCACAAGUCAAUUAGAGUUUUGUGCAAUGCAAAUACUUCAGAAGGAUUUAAUCCCUCCAAAGAUGCAUCCUUUCCAGAAAUAAAUCUUAAAACAUCAGAAAUGUCAGGGCUUGGUGGCCAGUCUCCAUCAACUCGAUCCACUCUAGCUUUCUUUGCAGGUCGUCUGCAUGGCCAUAUCAGGUCCCUUCUUCUGAAUGAAUGGAAAGGCAAAGACCAAGAUGUCCAAGUCUAUGACCAACUUCCUCGAGGAGUGUCCUAUGAGAAAAUGUUGAAGGGCAGCAAGUUCUGCUUAUGCCCUAGUGGGUACGAAGUAGCAAGUCCUAGGGUGGUAGAAGCAAUUUAUGCCGAAUGCAUCCCAGUGUUGAUUUCAGAUGGCUAUAUUCCACCUUUCAGUGAUGUGUUGGAUUGGAAGUCGUUUUCUGUGCAAGUGCCAGUCAAGAAUAUAUCCGAUAUCAAGAACAUAUUGAUGAGCAUAUCUAGUAGACAAUACCUCAGAAUGCAAAGGAGAGUGAAACAAGUGCAACGACAUUUUUUAGUGAAUGGACCCCCUAAGAGAUAUGAUGUUUUCCACAUGAUUGUUCACUCUAUUUGGCUCAGAAGGCUCAACAUUCGCAUUCAAGAUCUAUUGACCUAACUAGUCCCAUUUUAUUGGUCACUAAUAAAGGUUACUAACUCUUUUUGUCAAAAAACAUUUUUAUACUCCUAAAAGAGAA